GUGUGUGUGUGUGUUGGGGGCGGGGCCCGUCGCUAGGCGGGCGCGCGCGCGCGCGGGGCGCUCAGUACACUGGCCGGCCCGGCCGCGGCGGGAUCGGACGGCUCCGGGCUUCGGCCGAGAACCCCUCUGAGGCUUCUGGGCAUCAUGCACCGGUUUGGUUACGUGUCCGAAGAAGAAGUAGACCAUUCUUUCUUCGACAGCGACUAUGACGAAAAGAUGGAGAGAGAUAGAAGUGGCGGUUCAUCGGUUCGCAAGGGAAACGGUGAACUUGGAGGGCAGAAAGACCCACAGGCCAAAAAUUCCUGUGUGAGACUGGACGCGGGAAUAAAGAACCGUGGUACCCCUGGAUGUGGAAAUAAUGAGAAGAUAUCCCCGGAGCAGCAUUCUGAGAGCUGCGGCUCGGAGACCCACAGAAACACUUUGCCCACGGUGGCGUCUUCGAGACUGGGGAGUGGGCCGGCGUCGAGCCUGAAGAUCUACUCGGCCACCCCCAUGAGAAUCCCUAAAAUAGUACGAGGCAGCGGAGACGAGGACAGUACCGAUGAAGAGGAAAGAAGGAAAUAUGGGAGAAAAAGGUGCCCCAGGCCGAAGACGGCUAGGCCGUCGAGAGGCCUAAAACCGGGCCCGCAGACCAAAGAGAGCCGAAUCGGCUCGUCGGCGUCCUCUUCUUCCUCUUCCUCAUCACCUUCCUCCCCUCUGUCGUCCUCGUCCUCGACCUGCUCCGAAGUCGAGACGGAGAUGAGCGGAUCCGUCUCGUCCCACAGGUCGUCCAAGAGGAGCGACGCCGGCCCGGCCGGCCCGUCCCCCAGACCGCAGGCCAGGCCCGACUCCCGGGCGUCGGGGAGGAGAGCCAGGCGGGGCGACGUCUCAGACGAAUCCGAAGCCACCGGGACCGCCGGGACCCCUCGGUCGACUCCGGACGUCAGCCCCACGCAGUCUCUCGAGCUCGCCUCGUCCAGCGAGGCGAAAACCAGAGUGAGGCGGCCGAAGGACGUAGGCCGAGAAGGAGCGGGCGGGCCGGAGGGCCCGCCGAGCCGCGGGGGCUGGACAAAGCUUCCCAAGCUCAGGACCUCGCCCCCAGACUCGGCGAAGCCCAAAGGGAGCCGCAAACCCGAUGCGGAACUCGUGGAGGAGGAUGAGGCUUCCGCCGCUCCUCGGGCCGAGGAGGAGGAAGAGGAGGAGAAGGAGGAGGAGGAGGAGGAAGAAGAUGGGCACCUGAAUAACUUUUUGCAAGCGCUCCUGUAUUUGGAUAAAAAGGAGAAGCAAAAACAGGGCCCCGAACCGUCCUCGGGGCCAAAGAGAAACUACACAUUUUCCAAUGAGGAAAUCCGAAGGAUUGACAGGGAAAACCAAAGACUGGUAACCGAGCUAAUGAGACAGGCGGAUUAUCCUCGAAACAAGAGUUCCGGACCUAAGAAAUUGGUUGAACCCCUCCCUAAGCUAUACCACAGUGCCCUCAACAGACAGAAGGAACAGCAAAGGAUCGAAAGAGAGAAUUGGGCUUUAUUGAAGAGGCUUGAAGCGGUGAAGCCGUCGGCGGGGAUGACGCGAGCGGAGCAGUUGAAUGACUACUACCGGCAGAUGGGCUACUUAAACAUUUCCCCUCCCACAAGCUGGUUGCAACCCAGGAUGCCCCAGACCUGCCCUUCCAGGGAAGCUACCAGGGAUUCCCGCGUCCUCAGUGUGACUGGCAGCCCCCGGGUUCCCGGCAGCCCCCGGGUUCCGAGCAGCCCCCGGGGUUCCAGUGCCCCUAGGAUUCCCAGGGUUCCCAGUGCCCCCAGGGUUCCCAGCACCCCCAAGAUUCCCAGCGCUCCCAGGGUCCCCAGGACCCCCAGUGCUCCUACUUCAGCCCAUGUCCCCACUGCAGCCAAGACCCCUGUGGUGCCCCAGAUGCCCAGGAUCCCAUGCUCCCCAGUUUCCCCCAGGCUCCCCGACGCCCCAUGCUCACCCCAGCCCCCCAUUGCAGCAAGACCACUGUUACAGCCAGCGCGCCCGGGCCGCAUGUUCACCUCCCCGACAAGCCCGUGUCCGAUUCAGCCAAUGGGGCGCUGCUGAAGCCCAGGAGUUCUCGCCGCCCAGUUGUCUGCCCAUGAAAAUAUCUUUGGACCUGUGAACGUUCUCAUCUACUUCGUCAGAUUCCCAAGGGAGGCCGUUUGUAGAUUACUGCAAGUCUCCGCGCAACGAUGUAUGAGGGUGUCGUUCAACUAUUCAGAGAGGACCGCCGUUUACCGUUUCUCGUAAAGCCUGACGCAAAACUUGCUCUUACGAGUAUAGUUAUGUCUCCGAUCAGUAUUUCCCAUGAGAUAAUAGGUAUGACCAAUGUGACCAGGGUUCUGAAAUAGGAAGAUGGCUGUAAAUCUUAUUUUCUCCAAGUCGAGCUAGGACUACCCCUUACUGUGUAAAUAAAUAGAUUGCCAUUUUUAGGAUCUGACAAAUUCUAAACCAUUUAGGUCUUUCAUUUCUGUAAACUAGCCGUUAGAUAAGCCGAUAAAUUGAUUUCCUCUAUUUUGUAUACGUUUUAGAAUGGAUGUAAGUAUAAGGAUGUAAACGAUAAGGUUAAGGCACUUUAAAGAGGUUGGUUUUCACCGAUCAAUAAAAUUUCUUAUUUUGUCGUCUCC